AAUUUGUUGCGUUUGUAUUCGUUCUUACGUGAGAAGAAGAAGAGUGUUUUAGGGAAGAAAGAACGAAGAAUUUAGAAGCACAAUUUGCAAUGGAAAAUUUGUGUGGAAAAAGUGGUGGCAUAGUUGGUUAAUUAUGCGGAGUUGAGAGGAGAAUCAUGGUACUAACGCGUCGUAAAAUGAAACAGUGUCUAAUUUUAGGAAUUGCCAUAAUUUUGGUAAUCUGCCUGUACAGGACGUGGGCCAGCUCCAUUGGGGGCGGCGUGAAGGAGAGUGCAACACAAGAGGACCAAAUAGCGGGUGUUCUCCCCGAACCCCUACCCCGGGAGGAUGCUGAGAAUGUCGUGCAGGAGCUGGAACGAACACGCCGACGAAUGGCACAGCUUGAACGGAAGAUCCAGGAACUGGAGGCGAGAAUCCCAGUGAAGUAUCCGGAUGUAAAGUACCUCAACUACAAGAAUCGCCGGAGAAUUCUCGUGACGGGUGGUGCGGGCUUUGUGGGGAGUCACCUUGUGGAUUUACUCAUGAUGGAGGGGCACGAGGUGAUUGUUGUGGACAAUUUCUUCACGGGGCGCAAGCGGAACGUUGAGCAUUGGUUUGGGCAUGAGAACUUUGAGCUCAUUCACCAUGACAUCGUGAAUCCGCUGUUUAUCGAAGUGGAUGAGAUUUAUCAUCUCGCCUCACCCGCCUCACCGCCCCACUACAUGUACAACCCAGUCAAGACGAUAAAGACCAACACGAUGGGAACAAUAAAUGUGUUGGGUUUAGCAAAGCGUGUCGGUGCCAAAGUACUCAUAGCGAGCACAUCGGAAGUUUACGGGGAUCCGGAUGUUCAUCCACAGCCAGAAACCUACUGGGGCCAUGUGAAUCCCAUUGGGCCACGGGCGUGCUACGACGAGGGGAAACGUGUCUCAGAGACACUGAGUUAUGCUUAUGCUAAGCAGGAGAAUGUCAAGGUGCGCGUGGCGAGGAUCUUCAACACCUACGGCCCACGGAUGCACAUGAAUGAUGGCCGAGUUGUGUCCAAUUUUAUCCUGCAGGCCCUACAAAAUGAGUCAAUUACGAUUUAUGGGAAUGGGAAGCAAACGCGUUCCUUUCAGUAUGUUUCUGACCUCGUAGAUGGGCUAGUUAUGCUCAUGCGGUCCAACUAUACCCAACCGGUGAAUAUUGGGAAUCCCGUAGAGCACACAAUUGAGGAAUUUGCAGAGAUAAUCCAUGACCUCGUCGGGGGGAAGAGUGUGAUAAAGCAGAUGGCAGCUGUGGAGGAUGAUCCGCAGCGUCGGAAGCCCGACAUCACGCGUGCCAAAAAGUAUCUCAACUGGGAGCCAAGGGUCCCCCUGAAGGUUGGUCUCGAGCGAACAAUCGAGUACUUCCGGAAGGAGUUGGCCAGAACCAAUCAUCACUCACAGCGGAAUGUCUUCCUGCCACGACACGCUGAUGAGUCCUAAUAUAUGUUUAGAAAAAAAAGGGUCCUAAGAAAAAAAAACACAAAGCUAGUCUCUCCACGUGUGGAAGGAAGUGGACAAAACAAAGCUCAUCUCUCAAUGUCCCACGGAUGCUGGAUGCGAGGGUGGAGGUGCGGUGUGGUCUCCUGGGAGAUUUGAGGUGCUCAAAAGGAGGAGGUGGGGUGCAAUAUCAUGUACCUGUUUUGUUAAUUUGUAUAAAAUAAUUCUAGGUGAGAAUUUUACUAUAAAUAAUCUAUUGUAAAAUGUAGAAAA